AUGCGUUCUUUUUUAAGCUUCGUCUGUCUUUCCGUGAUUGCCAGCGCCUACGGCGCGAUUGGCCCCGUCGCAAAUUUGCACAUCGCCAACGCGGACGUUGCGCCUGACGGCUUUACACGAUCUGGCGUCCUGGCCGGUGCCGACGCUAGUUCACUUGUGUUCCCUGGCCCAGUUAUCACUGCUAACAAGGGCGAUACUUUCCAGUUGAACGUUAUCGAUGCAUUAACCGAUACGACCAUGUUGACGAGCACCUCAAUCCACUGGCAUGGAUUCUUCCAAAGCGGAAGCAGCUGGGCUGAUGGUCCCGCUGGGGUGACCCAAUGCCCCAUCUCCCCCGGAAACUCAUUCCUCUACGAGUUCGCCGCUGGCGACCAAGCUGGCACGUUCUGGUACCAUUCCCAUGACUCGACGCAAUAUUGUGAUGGCUUGCGAGGUGUUAUGGUUGUCUACGACCCUGACGACCCGCACAAGAGCCUCUACGAUGUCGACGACGAGUCCACGAUCAUUACUCUCGCCGACUGGUACCACACCGUCGCUCCAUCUGCGGGACUCGUCCCAACUCCGGAUGCCACUCUCAUCAACGGUGUCGGGCGUGCUGCUGGCGGUGACACUGUUGCCCUUGCCGUCAUAACCGUAGAGUCCCAGAAGAGGUACAGGUUCCGCCUCGUGUCGACUUCGUGCGACCCCAACUACACGUUCUCGAUUGACGGACAUACCUUGACCAUCAUCGAAGUCGAUGCAGUCAACACCCAGCCCCUCGAGGUCGACUCGAUCCAGAUAUUCGCCGGCCAGCGCUACUCCUUCAUCCUCAACGCCAACCAAGCCGUCUCCAACUACUGGAUCCGCGCGAACCCGAACGUCGGCACGACUGGGUUUGAUGGCGGGAUCAAUUCUGCCAUUUUGAGAUAUUCUGGCGCAGAGGCCGUUGAUCCGGAGACGACGUCAUCGACAAGCAACGCGCUGCUUGAGCAGAAUCUCGUCCCGCUCUCUGGCGCUGCUGCUCCAGGCACUGCGGGUGUUGGCAAUGCGGAUGUCAACAUCAACCUCGACAUGGCAUUCAGCUUCGCUGAUCUCAAGUUCACUGUUAACGGUGCUACGUUCUUGCCCCCGACUGUGCCCGUCCUGCUUCAGAUCAUGAGUGGCGCGCUGACUGCUGCUGACUUGUUGCCCGCCGGUUCCCUCUAUGUCUUGCCAGCCAACAGUGUCGUCGAGCUCUCGAUGCCUGGAGGAUCUGUUGGAAGCCCUCACCCCAUCCAUCUCCAUGGCCACACCUUCGACGUCGUUCGCAGCGCCGGAAGCAGCACCUACAACUACGACAACCCCAUCAAGCGCGACGUCGUCAGUAUUGGCGAGACCGGUGACAAUGUCACGAUCCGCUUCACCACCGACAAUGCUGGCCCAUGGAUCAUGCAUUGCCACAUCGACUGGCAUUUAGAGCUCGGCCUCUCUGUUGUCUUCGCUGAGGACGUUGAAACUGUAGCUACCACCACGCCUCCUGUUGCUUGGGAUUCGCUCUGCCCUAUCUAUAACGAGGCCUUCGGAACCUCGACCGAGCGCCGCCGCAGGCGCGAAGUUAAAUUCUAA